AUGUCUUCCAUCAAGUCUACUAUCGCCCUUGCUGGCGCCUUCGCCGCCACGGCCCUCGCCCACGGCACUGUCACCGGCUUCGCUGCCGACGGCAAGUACGAGGGCGGCUACAAGCUCAGCUACUACUACGACAAGAUCAACAAGCAGCCUGUGCCUGAGAUUGCCGCCUGGUCUGCCGAGAACCUCGACAACGGCUUCGUUGACGGCACUGGCUACGCCACCUCCGAUAUUGCCUGCCACAUCAAGUCGGCGCCCGGUGCCACCACGGCCUCUGUCGCUGCCGGCGGCAAGGUCGACUUCUUCUGGUCCGACUGGCCCGAGUCUCACUUUGGCCCCGUCUUCACCUACGUCGCCAACUGCGGCGGCGACUGCUCGGCCGCUGACAAGGCGACGCUCGAAUGGGUCAAGAUUGACGAGGCUGGCUACAACGCCGAGACCAAGACGUGGGCUGCCACGGACCUGAUCGCCAACAACAACACCUGGACCACCACUGUGCCUGCCACUCUGGCUGCUGGCAACUACGUCUUCCGCCACGAGAUCAUUGCCAUGCACGGCGCCGGUGCCGUCAACGGUGCCCAGAACUACCCCCAGUGCAUCAACAUUGCCGUCACUGGCUCCGGUACCGACUCGCCCGCUGCCCUACGGCGACGUCAGCGGCUACAAGAUUCCUGGUCCCGCCCUCUGGACCGGGGGUGCCUCUGCUCCCGCUCCCACGACCCGACGACCCCCGGCGGCGGUAACGGCACCGAGCCCGCCGUCCCCGUGACCCCUACGGCUCCCGCCGAAGAGGUUCCCUCGACACCCGUCACCCCCAUUGAGUCCUCGGCCCCGGCUCCCGUCGAGUCCUCAGCCCCAGCUCCUGUUGCCACUGAGGCUCCCACCACUCCUGAGCCCACCACUCCCGAGCCUACCACCCCCGAGACUCCCACGACGCCGGCGCCCACCACGCCCGACGACGUCCUGCCCGAGAACUUCACCCUCAAGACCUUCAUCGACUGGCUGAGCCAGUACCUUCCCGAGGGCAACGCGCGCCGCCACGCUCGCGACAUGAUGAACUAG